GUCGGGGGGAAGAUGAGUCCCGCCGCAGAACAACAUUAGCCUGGCUGGGGAGUUAACGACGCACCACGGCACAUCCACUUCAUUCAUCAAGCAAUAAUCCUGUUGUGAUAGUCAUGCUUUCAGCUAAGCCUCCUCCUCUGACCCUUGGAAAAAUGUCCUUCAUGGCUAUGAUCCUGACCUUCGUCCUGUCUGUGACCUCCCUGCCGGCCGAUAUAGAGAAGGGACGGAGAAAGGUGGUACAUGUGCUGGAGGAUGACACUGGUGCGGUGAUUGUGCAGACAGCUCCUGGUAAGGUGGUGACACAUCGCGGUGGCUCCAUCACUCUGCCUUGUCGCUUCCACCAUGAGCCAGAGAGCACCGACCCUUCCCGCAUCAGAAUCAAGUGGACCAAGGUGACAGACGCCCUGCAGUUUGAAGAUGUCUUUGUGGCACUUGGAAGGCAGCAGCGUGUGUUUGGAUCGUAUCGGGGCCGCGUGUCAUUGGAGCAGGCGGGGCCGGGUGACGCUUCAGUGAUAAUCCACAACGUCACACUGCAGGACUACGGACGCUACGAGUGUGAAGUCACUAAUGACAUGGAAGAUGAUACAGGAUUUGUCAACCUUGACCUAGAAGGAGUGGUGUUUCCCUACUACCCCCGCACGGGGCGCUAUAAGCUCAACUACCACCAGGCAGAGGACGCAUGCAAACAGCAGGAUGCCAUCCUGGCCUCUCACUCCCAACUACACAAGGCCUGGCUGGAAGGUUUGGACUGGUGUAAUGCAGGAUGGCUGGAGGAUGGCUCAGUCCAGUACCCCAUCUCCCAUCCCAGAGACCAGUGCGGACGAAAGGACAACCCUGCUGGCGUUCGCAACUACGGCUACAGGCACAAGGAGGACGAGCGCUACGAUGCUUUCUGCUUCACCUCUAACCUCAAUGGCAAAGUGUACUUCCUGAAACGCUUUAAGAAGAUGAACUAUGCCGAGGCUGUGAAGGCGUGCGUUCGCGAUGGUUCUGUGGUGGCCAAAGUGGGUCAGCUGUACGCCGCGUGGAAGAUCCAGCUGUUUGACCGCUGUGAAGCCGGCUGGCUGGAGGACGGCAGCAUCCGCUAUCCAAUAGUCAACCCCCGCUCCCGCUGUGGAGGGCCACAGCCAGGUGUCCGACACCUGGGCUUCCCUGAUAAGAAGUUCCGCCUCUAUGGUGUCUACUGUUUCCGCAAGAACAAGGAGGAGGGAGCAGGUGGUACUCCGACGAGACGCCCCGCUGAGAGCUCCACAAGGAGGAAGAGCAGCAACAGCAUGCCCAUGAAUGCCACCAGAGUGAUUUAAAGUGGGAAAAAACUGAGAGCAGGAGGGGGGGGAAUGCAAUUUUAGAUUUUACUGCAACAACUGUCGCCUAGCAGCCAGACUCCAUUCAUCGCUUCUAAAGUAAAACAGUCACGGACAAGAUGUGCUCAUUUGCAGAUUUGCCAGUGAGGAGAAGUGAGGCUGUGUAAAAUUAAGGGUGACGUCUUUAUUAGGUUGAUUCUCCUUUUGUCUCCAGUCAGUCAAUCACGUAAAGGAAUGUGUGUGUGUGUGUGUGUGUGUGUGGGUCCGUGUAUGUGUGUGUGUGUCUGUUGGCAAUGGAUGGAAGAUUAUACUACAGCUUGAUCAGCACACAUCAGAAAGUCUGCCAUGACUGUCCUUGUUUACCUGUCUGUAUGUGUGUAUGUGUGUGUGUUUGUGUGUGUCUGCUUGGACCACAUGGUGUGUUUGGCCCUCAGUGUUGUCCUCCUGUGGUCCCUGAGUGCAGAGCCAGCGACAGUGUGUAACAGUGCCAGGGUGAAAACAUUCAUUAGCGAGUGAAAAUGAAUGAUCUGCCUGACUGUAUGGGAAAAACUCCAAGAUGUCCUGUAAGUUUUGACUGUUCCCAGUGCAAACGCCUGUGUCCCGAUGCCAUGCUUGGUUAACAGCCCUCUGGCACAAUGUGGUAUUUGAAUAUGACUCAUUUUUCUCAUUAACUAAGACCUGGCACCCGCAUUAUCAGAGCGAACAGGCCAAGUAGUAAAUAUUGCACUUGCUCUAAAAUAUUUGCACUUAUUUAUAGAUAGCUAUAUUUUAUAAUAGCAUCCUACGUUAGAGUCAAGCAAGCAUGUUUUAUUAGGCUGAGAACUGUCGCUGGGGCUGAAUAAACAGAAAUAGAUAGCUACAAUAACUGCUAAGUUAACUCACAUACUUCAUUUCUGUGCUAUCCGGGCAACAAAUUGCACUAUACAUAUUAUAUUGUGAUAUAUUGUAGUCUCACUGGAAUGAAAGCAUUGCGGUGACAUUUAUUGCAGAAUGUGUUCACAGCUGCUGCUACUGGAUGAAUGAAUCAUAUGGGGAAAAAUAAAGUCUUGAGAUUAGUUGCUGAUUCAAAAAAACACAGCUGUGUGUGGCUGGGAUGCUGUCCUUUUCUGUACGAAAAGUUCCAUUCCAAAAUGCUAUAUAUCCAUUUUGGGGGAACGUUAAAUAAAAAAAGAAAUUAUCUAAAAUUCAUCAUUCUGUGUAU